AUGUCCGCCUCCACACCUCAGAGAACAUCGCUACGCCAGGGUUUGCGCCAGGCGCCAAAAGUAAACCAACCUUUUGUCCCGGACACGACACCCGCCCGACGUACACACCAUCAACAGAACUUGACUUCUCCGCAGCCCUCGAUGUCGCCCCACGCGCCGAUGAAUCCGGCCGCAAAUCCCCAAAGUGCAUCGUUUGCCGUUGAAAAUUGGGAAGGAAAAGCCCACACACAACUCCCCAUGGCAACUCGCGAAGUACCCACGCCAGGCAAUCGGCCUGGACUUUUUGCCAAUCUAUACGAUCGCCGCAAGCAAGUGAAACAACCGGACUUUUACGACCCUUAUUUUCCCUUGCGAUUCUUGGAGGUACCACGUACGGACCACAUCUACAAGCGUGCACACUAUGGUCUUCAGUCUGGGAUUCCCGAUGAGAUUGACUUUGCACUGUACCACUUGGUCCAGAUCUCGAACCAGCGAUGGGACAAAUUCAAGUUUGAGGGAUUUCCACUUCUCGCCGAAUCGCUUAUGCAGAAAGCCUUGGAAAUAACGACUCUCUGCACUGGCUCACGCUGGGAAUUUGAUUACGAUCCCCGACAGCCUUCCGAUCGUGCCAACGUACUCAAUUCACUGCACGGCACACGAGAUAUCCUCGACAGAAUUCGCAAGAUGCCGUCGGACAUCCCCAUGGACACCCUGGAAACUAAGGAGUUCAACCAUACUCUGCGAAAUGUGAAGGAGGCAAUGCUCGUCCUGAGGAACAUGGUCCUGCUCAAGGAGAACGCCUUUUAUGUCUCUCGUUACGCCAGUGGCCUUCUCAGAGACUUUCUUGUCAUUAUGAUCAACCUCCCCCAACAAUCACGUCUGAACGAGAUCAAGAACGACGCACUCGAUAUUGCGGAAGAGGUCACCAAGUUCAUGCGCACUGGUCCCCAAGAUCCACUGUGGAUUUCACUCGUCAACUGUCUGGAUUCACCUGACCGAGCGCACGUCGUGCGAGCACUCUGGGCAUUGACUCACUUUUCAACGGAACUACCAGAGGCAGAUGGCAAUCGGGCUAUGGAAAGUCUGUCCAAGUCAGCGCUGCAGCAACUCUACUACCACACCCUCCUCGACCUCGACAAAGAUAUUCUGAGCGGCGCGCUUGACUUCUGGUAUCAAUACACCCUUAAUCCCGAUAACAUUGAGACCUUGAUGGACGUUAUCAAUUUCCCAGUCGUCUUUGUGCCUCGGAUGGUCGCUCUGUUGACCUAUGAGGCGAGACCAUCCAAGAAAGAGACUGUUCUUCAGGAGGAAAAGGUGGCCCCCCCGCCUUCAGAUAUUCCGCGUGUCCCCCCUGAGCUUCUCGAAAAAUUGAUGGAGCGCCCGGAACCCGAGCGCAGCUCACAAUGGCUACGCUGUUGCUUUGUCGAGGAUGCCGAAUGCGAGAUCACUCAGAUCGCACUGUGGCAGGCCUACCAAAGCCGCUUUGCCGACCCUCGCGUGGCUAACGGAGGUGUCCUCCCCGCUGCGGAAUUCAUCAAAAAUGUUAGCAACACCUUCACAAAUGCACAGGCCCAGGUCAUCAAUGGCCCGGGGACGGCCACGAAGUUUAUCAUCAAGGGAAUCCGGCCGCUAGAGACCGCCUACACCUUCCAGGGAUUCCCCUAUCUCUACUGCAAGUGGGCCGAUCACUCGAAACCUUCGCAGAUGUGCCAGCGCGCUUUCGCAACCCCCAACGAGCUCCGUCAACAUGUCUUUGCGGAUCAUAUGAACUUGGAGACCACGGAAACUCCAGGACAGUUCAAGAUGGAACCCGCAGCCAACUCCAUCUAUACCUGCCAAUGGGACAAUUGCACCCGGUUCCGGACUUCAGGACCGAGUUCAAAUGCCGCAAUGGUGGCUGGCCAUGUCGCCUCUCAUCUACCAGAAGACCGUCCGGCCGAUGCCUCGCCACCUAGUACCAAGCGCCCCAUUCUGCAGGAGCGGAUUGUUCGCAAAUGGUACUACAUGGACACCCCUGUGAAUGAAAAGGGAGACGCAUAUGGUGCGGCAUACAAAGCCGCACUGGUCUUGCGCAAUCUCGCCCGGGGGUUGCCUCAACGUGUCGCGACCAAAUACGGAAGUGUGUCAUGGAAAAAAGCAUGCUUCGUUAGCCAACGUCCCAAGAUCGUCGAGGUAUGGGACCGAAACCGUGCUCUGCGUAAGGAGUUGACGGAACUUCUCAUGGUCAUUGAGAAAGACGACGACGACGACGACUACUGA